UUGCGCGCGCUGGAGGCCGUCGUCUGCUGCUGUAAUUCGGCUAGAGUGGGAAGGAAAAUAUUGUUUAAAAUCGAUUUUUACCCACUCGCGAAUAAUCCGUUUCGCUCGGAUUUUACGCUACUCCUCCUUACAGAGAAAGCGGCUCGCUAAAAGGGCAGACCGGGACAGAGAGUCGAUUAGCGGCCCAUGCAGCCAUAACGAGCCCGUGAUACACCAUCAGACCGCCGCUGGAGAAGGUAACUCCUCGCCCCCCUUUCCUCUCCUGUUUCCUAAGCUUCUCUGUCCCCUGCCCCUCAUAAUCAGCCCAGAGACCCUCUUCCUAAAGGCCAGUUAGGAACGUUGGGUCUGUUCCUCCCCGUUCUCCCAGCCUCCAUCUGUCUCUCUAACUCCCACCUGCCCAGUAAGGGGCUGACUGCUAAUUGGACACCCCAGAAACAUGUCCUCCAUCUUGCCUUUCACUCCGCCUGUGGUGAAGCGUCUGCUGGGCUGGAAGAAGUCGGCCAGCAGUUCGAGCGGAGCGGGAGGGGGCGGAGAGCAGAACAGCCAGGAGGAGAAAUGGUGCGAGAAGGCCGUCAAAAGCCUGGUGAAGAAGCUGAAGAAGACGGGCCAGCUGGACGAGCUGGAGAAAGCCAUCACCACACAGAACUGCAACACCAAGUGUGUCACCAUUCCCAGCAAUUGCUCUGAAAUUUGUGGACUGAGUGCACCAAAUACGAUAGAACAGUGGGAUACCUCAGGCCUCUACAGCUACCCUGACCAAACCAGAUCUCUGGACGGGCGUUUGCAAGUGUCUCACCGCAAAGGUCUGCCUCAUGUCAUCUACUGCCGCCUGUGGCGAUGGCCCGACCUGCACAGCCAUCACGAGCUGCGCGCCAUCGAGACCUGCGAGUACGCCUUCAACCUCAAGAAGGAUGAAGUCUGCGUCAACCCCUACCACUACCAGCGGGUGGAGACGCCAGUUCUUCCUGCUGUCCUCGUGCCAAGACACACGGAGAUCCUGACUGAGCUGCCUCCUCUGGACGACUACACCAACUCCAUACCUGAAAACACCAACUUCCCAACAGGGAUCGAGCCUCCUAACAAUUAUAUACCAGAAACUCCUCCAACGGGAUACAUCAGUGAGGAUGGGGAGGCCAGCGACCAGCAGAUGAAUCAAAGUAUGGACACGGGUUCUCCUGCGGAACUGUCACCAAGCAUACUCUCGCCUGUCAAUCAUGGCAUGGACCUUCAGCCAGUGACUUACUCAGAGCCCGCGUUUUGGUGCUCCAUAGCUUACUAUGAACUAAACCAGCGGGUCGGAGAAACAUUCCACGCCUCUCAGCCUUCCCUCACCGUGGAUGGCUUCACAGACCCCUCCAACUCGGAGCGCUUCUGCCUGGGCCUGCUGUCCAACGUCAACCGCAACGCCACCGUGGAGAUGACCCGAAGACACAUAGGACGAGGGGUCAGGCUGUAUUAUAUUGGUGGGGAAGUGUUUGCCGAAUGUCUUAGCGAUAGCGCCAUCUUUGUUCAAAGCCCUAACUGUAAUCAGAGGUAUGGCUGGCACCCUGCGACAGUCUGUAAAAUCCCUCCAGGCUGUAACCUGAAGAUCUUCAAUAACCAGGAGUUUGCGGCACUGCUGGCUCAGUCGGUGAACCAGGGCUUUGAGGCUGUAUAUCAGCUGACCAGGAUGUGCACCAUUCGCAUGAGUUUCGUCAAAGGCUGGGGAGCCGAGUACAGACGGCAGACGGUGACGAGCACCCCCUGCUGGAUCGAGCUUCACCUGAACGGCCCCCUGCAGUGGCUGGACAAGGUCCUGACCCAGAUGGGCUCACCCUCCGUACGCUGUUCCAGUAUGUCCUAAUCGCCGUGACCAAGCUCUCUGUCCUCUGCCUCCAAAACGACUGAUUCUACAAUCACAUCAACCGACAACUCGAAGAACAACAGACUUACUCGAGCCCCGCCCCCUCUUUCUCUUUCAUAGUAAUCGUGAGCCUUUCUCUAUCCUCUCUCCUCCCGACACUGAUGUUCUCUCCGUUUGGAUCUGAACGCAGCACUUGCUGUCUCAUCAGCUUCAUGCACCUUUAAUUCUCUCUUGUUUUCUUUCAUAAACCCUCAAUAUUACAUGUAUUAGUAGUAGAAUUUGAAAUGUAUAUUGUUUUUUAUUUUGUUUUUAUGGUUUUCGAGAAGGAGGGAAGGUGCGUAUGUUGUGUGGAAGUUCAAGAAGGCAGUAAAUAACUUCACACACUUGUAGCAGCAAGGCUUUUCCCCCCUGAAGAAGUACAUACUCUGAUACUCUUUUAACGAUUAAUUUUCCUGGAUGCCGAUCCCAAUCCGGUCGUUCAAGGAGGUUACUUUUUCUGGCAAAAUGUCACGUUCUUUGUUUUUAUACACGUUAUUAUUGUGUAGAUUGACACGUUAAGGCUUAAUCAUGGUUUUUGAUUUUCUUCAGUAAUGCCAAAAGAUACUUUUAUUUUAUUUUAUUUUAUAAUUUUUUUAUGAUUUCUUUCCCCAAACCACUAUAUAAGAAUGUUGCCUUUGAUUUGAGGUAUGCUGCUGUAAGUCAUGCUUCUUUUCUUCAAACUUAUAGAAUGUUUAACGAAAAAGAAAAAAAAAAAGACCCCACGUUCAAUUCGAACUUUACGCCGCCCCUCAGAAUUAACUUUUUAUUCACUGUGGAGUGGUUUUGGAGUCUGGUUUCUUCAGAAAGUGGCUUCUUUCAGGGACUUUCGAAGGUUAUUAAAGCGUCUCGCGCAGUCCAGAUCUUUAAAAUAAAAACGACAAAAGAAUAAAAAAUAAAUCCAAGUAUUUAAGCUUUAAGUGUUUAUAAACUAGGUUAUCCUUCACAAUUACAAGAUUUUGUUUCCCUUUAUCUUUCUUUUAGCUACUUUUUGUAUUUUCAUGUAUUUUUAUAUAUAAAUAUAUUUAAGAUCUUUAAAGCUCUCUUCCUUUUUAUUAGAAUUGAAUAUUUUUUUAGAUCAUGCCUUCUUUUUAAAGGAACAUGGCUUCAUAUUGAAAUGUCCUAUCAUACGAAAACGUUAUUUAGCAUGAAAUUUUUAUAAGCGCAAAUAUCUUUUUUUCUCCGCUUUCUAAUUCAAGCCGUUGUCCCGGUUAACGUUUCGCCCUGAUCUCAAACCCCCUUAAGUACAUCUGACUUUAAUUUUCUUUUAGUUGCUUUCCUCCCAUGUUCACAACACGAUGCUGUAUAACCCACCGCCCCUCAAAGUAUGGUUACCCGAAACCAUGGCGAUGUUCUAUUUGUUUGCAAUUGGG